GAAACGGACAGGUUUUUUAAAGGGGCCGCAGCCAUUUUUUUUCAAAGCUUCUUCCUCUUUUUUCUGAUCUCCAAUUUUGCAAGGACGAUCCCUAAAGAGUAGGUUUCCGGCAGCCGAGUACAACUGGAGCAGCAGGGAUCGCUGCUGGGUCGGCUGCGCCUACGGGGUGGGCGGAGGCGAGGCGCUGCCCAUCGGAAGGGCGGGUUGCGCGCGCCCCCUGCGCCCUGAGCACAUCUGGUUGGCCCAUGCUCCCGCCGGUUGCGAGCUUUAACAUCUGGGGCUGGGCGCAGGCAGAGGGGUCCAGGGCGCAGGCGAGGCGGCCGAUGUGCGGGGCCGGAGGGUGAGGCCGCGCGGGUGGGGCUGGGACAGCGUUGGCACCUCCGGAGCCGGCCCGGGGCGGCCAGUGGACCGCCGCGAUGCCAAGCGAAAAUAUCUUCCUUUUCGUGCCUAACCUUAUUGGUUAUGCCCGGAUUGUCUUCGCCAUCAUUGCUUUCUACUUCAUGCCCUGCUGCCCCUUCACGGCCUCCUCCUUCUACCUGCUCAGCGGACUUCUGGACGCUUUUGAUGGACAUGCUGCUCGAGCCCUAAAUCAAGGAACCCGGUUUGGGGCCAUGUUGGACAUGCUGACGGACCGCUGCUCCACCAUGUGUCUGUUGGUCAACCUGGCCCUGCUGUACCCUCGAGCUACCCUUCUCUUCCAGCUCAGCAUGAGCUUGGAUGUGGCCAGUCACUGGCUGCACCUCCACAGUUCUGUGGUCCGGGGGAGUGAGAGUCACAAGAUGAUUGACCUGUCUGGGAAUCCAGUGCUUCGGAUCUACUACACCUCCAGGCCUGCUCUGUUCACCCUGUGUGCUGGAAAUGAGCUCUUCUACUGCCUCCUCUACCUGUUCAAUUUCUCCGAGGGACCAUUAGUCGGCUCUGUGGGGCUUUUCCGAAUGGGCCUCUGGGUCACCGCCCCCAUCGCCUUGCUCAAGUCUCUCAUCAGUGUCAUCCACCUGAUCACGGCUGCCCGCAACAUGGCUGCCCUGGAUGCAGCAGACCGUGCCAAGAAGAAGUGACCUGGGCACCUCCUGGAACCUCCCACCUGAUUGGUCAUCUUACUGUGCCAGACGGCUCCCCUCCCCCUCCUAGGAGGUCCAUUCUCAUGUCUUCCUAAUGUGUUCUCCAAACUGCUGGGACGGGGUUUGCCUCUCUUUGGUAUUGUCACAAUCUCUGUAAUCCUGAGGACCAGGCCCACCCUUGUGAUCCCCAAAGACCUGGCCUACAAAUCAAAAAGGAUGCUCAGGAGGCCCCACUCUUAAGCUGGUGCUCCUGGGGUUCCAGGCAGCCUAUUUGAGGAUUAGGCAUUGCCACACACACGGUUGGCUCAGCCCUGGCUUCUGGCCUGGCCUGAGGUUUUCGGGACACUUGAAUGAGGGAGAUGGUGCAGGGUCCACAUUUCCCAAAAAGUAGGUGAGUCAGAUCUCUGCCCCUGGCCAGAGGAAGCAUGGGGCACCAUGCCCAGGAAGAAAGGGGCUGUCUAGAUCCUUCCUAUGGCAGUCUCCUCCGUCCGGUCUACCCCGGCCCCUGAAGCCUUGAUAAUAAAGGCAAGAGCUUCACUCUUCUGGACUUGGUUUCCUUUUAGACAUUUUUGGAUCAGGCCUUGGAUUAAGGGGAGAUUGGGGAAAAGGAAAAUCUACCUGGAUGCUUUUCCCCCAGUUUGCUGCUGGCUUCUUCUGUCAUUCCAUACCGACAGAGAAGCCCUUCUUGCUACCCAAGCUCAUGCCACAUCUUCUCAGCCCACCUUCUUUAUGUCCCUGAUGGUCAGCUUUGACUCAUAUUCUUGAUAUUUCCAUCCCCACUAGAGUGUAAACUCCAUGAGUGCACAGACUUCUUGUUCCUUUCUCUGUGGUUAGAAUGGAUAUUUACCUUAACCUGACAUGCAGUAGUUGCUUAAUAAAAUAUUCCAGAUUAGUUGGUUUCUCAGAAUGUGGUCCUUAGACCACCUACAGGCUAUUUCUCCCUCUUGGGCCUUCAGAGUCAAUCUCCAGGGAUGGACCCAGAAGUCUGCAAUUUUAAUAAACUCCACUUGAUUCUUCCUCCCAAUGUUGAGAAUCACUGUUCGUUCUUAAACAUUUUUGGGACACCUGUUAUAUAGCAUAUGCUGGGCAUUGUUCUGGGCCUCUGUCCCUAACAGCUGCUCCUAUCAUUAGCUCUCCUGCUCUCUGGUGCCAGCUUUCUUUUUUAAACUAUAUUGGGGCUACCAUAUGCCAGACCCUGUGCUGAGGUUCUUGGCAGAUCCUACUCAUUUCAUCUUCAUAAUAGCUUAGCCGGUGACCCAAAAGGCCCUCAUGUCCAGGGGAACUAAAAUUCUUCAGAGCUGGGAGUGGUGGUGCAUAUCUAAUCCCAGAGGUUUGGGAGGCUGAGGCAGGAGGAUCAGGAGUUGAAAGCCAGCCUCAGCAAAAGUGAGGUGCUAAGCAUCUCAGCGAGACCCUGUCUCUAAAUAAUAUACAAAAGCGGGCUGGGAAUGUGGCUCAGUGGUCAAGCAUCCCUGGGUUCAGUUCCCAGUACCAAUAAUAAUAAUAAUAAUAAAUUUAGAAGAGUAAAAUUCAUCAGUUGUGUAUUGGGCUUUAACUCCCAUCCCCAGGAGACUCCAUAGGAACUGGGCAACUGGUUUCCCAGUCCUCUUGAAGGUCAUGGGUGGGCAGGGCUGGAAGUGGGUAACAAUAAUCAGGGGGAUAAAGGUAGAAGACCCUGCAGCACCUCCCUUAGGUUUUUGGUAAAGAGGUGGGUAUCUGGGCUGGGGUUGUGACCCAGUGGCGGGCACUUGCCUAGCAUGUGUGAGGCCCUGGGUUUGAUUCCCAGCACCACAUAUAAAUAAAUAAAUAAAAAUAAAGUUCCAUCAAUAACUAAAAAAAAAAAGAGGUGUGUAUCUUAGGUAGCUGGUAAGGACUGGCAGGGGAGGGAACAACCUGCAAAGGCAGGGGAACCAGAGAGCACCCAGGUAAUUAUAGCCGUUGAUAGACCUAGACGAUGUGGCUGGAACACCAAGUGCUGGGUGUGUUGGGGGAGCUGGAGAGAGAUGAGGCAGUAGAAGCCAGCUGGGGUGGCUGAAGGAACUCAGUUGGACAUUAGGACUUUAUUUUCUAUAUUUUAAAUUUCAUUAUGUGAACUGUUUCACUGCUAACUGUGCUUUUUAUAUGAUUAUCUUAAUCGUCUUAACUGAAUUCCACUGUGUCCUCUGCAAUAGGACAAUCCUGUUAAUGUGCUUAUUUUCCAGAGGGGAAAUAGAGGCCCUGAGAGGAGGUCAGUUUGGCCCUGGAUCCCGUUCUUUUGGCAUCGAUCACCUACAUCAGCAGACUUCUUAAUGGUUGCAUAGAAUGCUGGCAGUUAUUGAUUUAACCAGGUCCAGCCACCGUGAAUGAUGCUGUGGCAAAUCCUCUUGCACUUCUUCCUGGAAACACCUGUGGCAUGAGCGUGGCAGGGCUUUACUCAGGGCAGUGGCAGGGGCUAUGCUUAAGGAAGCUAUAGGUACAGCACAAAACUGAGAUGUGAUUCGGAUGCUCUGGCCUCGCCCUGCCUGACCUGCUUCCAGUGGAAGAGGAGACCAGAUAAGAUGUCUUCCCACUCCUGCUGCAGAACCCUUUCCUUCCUCUCAUCCUUCCAGAAUUAGCUGUCCCUCCAGAUAGAUGGGAACUCUGAGCACUGGACCAACCCCAGAGCAAGGAGUCCUCUGCCCUACUGGCUCCGACAGCCCUGGCUGGCUCCUAGGUUCUUUGAUGCCAGCCAUUUACAGUGCCACCAGAAGUCUCUAUACAAACCCAGCUACAAUGUGAUCUUAAAAGAUGGAGAACUGGGGGGUGGGGAUUGGAUUCAAUCCCCAGCACUGCAAAAAAAAAAAAAAAAAAAAAAAAGAGGGAGAGCCGGGGAGGAGAG